ACGCCUUGCUUCGUCUUCACCACUGCUACGUACGUGUCUUCUGCAGCACAAGAUGGCGUGCAGGUUGCACCUGGUCAAUUGGCCGUAUGACUCCACCAAAUCUGCCGGAGUAUUGAUACAGCAUAUGUUCCCAAGUCGUAUCAUGGACUCAAUGUCUAGCAGUCCAUCUUCUGCCACUGACAACUCAGUCAAGAUAUAACAAUCCGCUUCGUCGUUAUCUGACGACAAGUUCGGGGCACGCUGUCUACUUUGCUUUGCUCUCCCAACUAUGCUAGGACUGUUGGAAACUCUCUCCAUCAUUCUGGCUGUUAAUGCCGCCUGGGGUCUAGGAUCGUCUUGUAGUGCUCCCAUGACGGGAUGCACUGCCGCUCCCGGCGAUCCAUAUUGGAUGCAGCUUAUUCAACACAAUGGAACAUCGCCGUACAACACCGAUCCUAGCACGUACCAGGUAUAUCGCAAUGUGAAGGAUUUCGGUGCUCAAGGAGACGGCGUCACUGACGACACCGCCGCGAUUAAUGCUGCCAUCGCCUACGGCAACCGCUGUGGAUAUGGAUGCCAAUCGAGCACGACAUCUCCUGCUCUUGUAUUCUUCCCAAGCGGCACUUACCUGGUAUCCGCUCCUCUUCUCGCCUAUUACUAUACGGAAAUGGUGGGCGAUGCUCGAAGCAUGGCGACGCUCCUUGCCUCUCCUUCAUUCAGCGGCAUAGCUGUUAUUGAUGCAGAUCCAUAUACAGCCGACGGUGAGUGGUAUAUCAAUCAAGACAAUUUCUACCGUUCGGUCCGCAACAUCAUUAUCGACCUUACCCAGACGCCGCCGACGGCAUCCUCCACCGGCAUUCAUUGGCAAGUGUCGCAAGCGACGUCGCUCGUCAAUGUCGUAGUGAACAUGUCUACGGCCCCCGACACCAACCACCAGGGCAUCUACAUGGAAGAUGGUAGCGGCGGUUUCAUGUCUGAUCUGAUUUUCAAAGGUGGCAAGUAUGGUAUAUGGGUUGGCAAUCAGCAAUUCACUGUUCGGAACAUCACUGUCAACAAUGCACAAAUUGGGAUCUAUGCCAACUGGAAUUGGGGGUGGACAUUUCAAGGGGUUACGAUCAACAACUGCCAGGUUGGUAUGGAGAUUGCAACCGGUGGGAGCUCUGUUGGAGGAGAAGUUAUCAUCGAUGCGCAAGUCUACAACACACCCACCUUCAUCCAGACCACGACCGCUCAAAGGACCACACUUGGGGGAUCAAUCCUCCUCAGUAACAUCUACCUCAGCAACGUCACUACUGCAGUCGCAGAUCCGGAAGGCACCGUGCUCGCUGGCGGAACAACGACGAUAUCCCAAUGGGCUCAGGGUAACGUGUACACUGGAAUCUCGGGCGAGUAUCGAUAUCAGCAGGCUGCGCUAGCCGCUCCUUACAAGCCUCCCACCCUUCUUGAUUCUACUGGCCGAAUCUAUGCACGUUCUCGCCCACAGUACACUGAUUACGCUCCGAACCAGUUCCAAUCUGUGAAGGCAAUGGGUGCGAUGGGCGACGGUGUGACGGACGACACGGCUGCUAUCCAGAAAACCAUCGAUCAGGCGAGUGUUUACGCGGGAUGCAAGAUCAUCUAUUUCGACGCGGGAACCUACUAUGUCACCAACACCAUCCGCUUUCCGGCGGACACGAUCAUCGUCGGCGAGGUGUGGUCCGUCAUCAUGGGCGGUGGGCCUGUCUCCUCCGAUGCAGCUAGGCCGGUUCCAGUCGUUCAAAUUGGUACCCCUGGCUCCAGAGGGGUGAUGGAAAUCACGGAUAUCGUUUUCAGCACGCGCGGGCCAGCACCGGGCGCGAUCAUCGUUGAAUGGAACGUCGGACAGACGAGUCAAGGCUCAGCCGGUGCAUGGGACACGCAUGUGCGUACUGGUGGGCUUGAUGGGUCAAACCUGCAGUACGCAACUUGUUCGAGUACGAAUACGACUGCGACACCAGCAGAGUGCACCGCGUCAUUUCUCGACGUGCACAUCACGUCCGGUGCCUCGGCGUAUCUUGAGAACGUCUGGUUGUGGACCGCAGAUCAUGAUCUCGAUACGUAUGGUAAUGGUCAGCUGAACAUUUACACCGGUCGCGGACUGUUGAGUGAGGCAGUCAACGGUCCUGUUUGGCUUAUCGGCACAGCGUCGGAGCAUCAUGCGCUGUAUCAGUACAACGUCGUGAACUCCCAGAACUUCUAUGGUGGCUUGAUGCAGACGGAAACGGCUUAUUGGCAACCCAACCCCUUGGCGCCCGCGCCUUUCUACGUCAAUGCUCUCUACUAUGACCCGCUGACAUAUCCCUCUGGGAAGGGCUGGUCGUUGUAUAUCCAGAACUCGAUCGAUGCGCUCGUCUACGGUGCUGGCUUCUACUCAUUCUUCAACGAUUACGACGCAUCUUGCGAGGCGAACUACACGUGCAACGCUCAGAUCUUGAACAUCAUCAAUUCUUAUCCUGUUUCCAUCUAUGGUCUUGCUACAGUGGCGACGACCUACCAGCUCAGGGUCGACAAUUAUCCGGUUGUGGCUGCAGCAAAUGAUCAUGACGGUUUCCAGAAUACGAUGACCGCAUGGACGCUGUACUGA